AUGAGACCUAAAGAAUCAGAUGUUUACAAGAGAAUUCGCUUGCUGGGAUAAGGAUCGUUUGGGAAAGCCUACUUGUGUGAGUCCUUGAAAGAUCAUUCUCUUUGCGUAAUUAAGCAGAUGGAUAUGAGGUAUUUAAGUGAGGAGGAAAAAAAAGUAAAGAGAAUUUAAAACGAUUAGGAAACCUAUUAAGAGUUUAGAAUCAUGGCUCAACUAAAGCAUCCCAACAUCAUCAACUUUAGAGAGGUUUACAAAACUGUCAAAGGGAAAUUAUGUAUUGUAAUGGAUUAUGCUGAGGGAGGAGAUCUGGCACAAUUGAUUAAAAAUUAUGAAGGUUCUAUCCCAGAAUCCAGAAUUUUAGAUUGGUUUACUUAAAUGUGUUUAGCAAUCAAACAUUGUCAUGAUCGUAAAGUCAUUCACCGAGAUAUUAAAACAUAAAACAUGUUCCUUACAAAGGAUAUGAGGAUAAGGUUGGGAGAUUUUGGAAUUGCAAGAUUGCUAGAUAACACUCGUGACAAAGCACAUACAAUGGUCGGUACUCCAUAUUAUUUGGCUCCAGAAUUGCUAGAAAACAAACCUUAUAGUUUUAAAGGUGAUGUUUGGUCUUUGGGAGUCAUAUUAUACGAAGUAUUCAAGAGAAUUAUAUCUUAGAUGUGUGCUAAAACUCCUCCGUUCAAUGCAGACUCGUUAGCAUCACUAGCAUUAAAAAUAGUUCGUGGGCAGUAUUAAGCUAUCUCAAAUAACUAUUCGUCAUAAUUGAGAACCCUUGUGAAUUAACUUCUGACAGUGAAUCCUGAGAAAAGACCAGAUGUCCAUUAGAUAUUAAAAAUGCCAAUCAUCACAAAUAGAAUAAAGAACUUUCUAUCUGAAACCAUGAAGAGAAGCGAAUUUGAUCAUACCAUUUUACAUAAUCAAUAGAUUCAAUUAACGGAUACCACUAUACCAUUAAUAGAUGAUUAAGAUCUUAAAGUAGAUCAAACGGAAUAGACUCCAAAAAGUAGAAACUAAACAUAAUAACAAUAACAAUAACAAUAACAAUAAUAAUAAUAAUAAUAAUUACCUGGCAUCAAAAGUCCUCCUAUCUGUUAAUAAAAAUAAAGAAAAAACACUGACCUUAGGAAAUUACCAGAAAUUAAACUAUCAAAGCCUGAAAGACCUCCAAUUUCAAGACAACAAACGAGUCGAUAAUAAUUAUAUUAGCUACCUAGUUAGCGAAUUCAACCAUCAACACCAGAUUUGGGAAUUGCACAUAAAUAAAAAAACUCUAGAUUUGUAACUAAAGAAAGUCCUGAUUCUUUUUAAGGUUCUGAUCAGAUAUUGGAAGAAGGGACCAAAAAUAGCGAAUAAGGAAGUCCUAAGUUUUUUUAAAAUGUCUUAGAUAAGCCUCACAUUAAAAAUAUUAAGGGAUUAUCUAAAUUGGAUUAAAUCUAAAAAAUAAAAUUAGGAUAAAAAUCUGAAGAAGAAGUUAUCAAACCGAUAUAUAGAGUUCACGCCAAGCCUAAAUUAUUGGAAUAAUUUAUUAAGAAACAGAGAGAGAGGAAGAUAUCUGAAGAAAUAAUUACAACUUAAUAGCAUUAAUUAGUAUUUUAAUAAUAACAAUAAUUGGAAAAAAUAUCAGAAACUCCAGAAUAGAAAUUAUUAGACAAAACUACCAUUAGUGACUUUUAAACUUCAGAAGAAUAAUAAUAAAUUUAAAAUAACAAACAAACUGUUGAUACUGCUGCAUUUGACUUCUAAAAUUAGCUUUAAGUAUUUGAUGUUACUUAGAAAAAACCUACCAAACAACCAAGUAAGACAUCUACUUCAAAAACAGAUGAAGAAAAAAAUAAAAAAAAAAUCUAUAAAAUCAUAUAUAAGGAUCCGUUCUAAAAAAAACCAUAAGUAAUUAAAAAAAGAAACAGUGAAGAGGAUAUGAAAGAGAUGAUAAAUGAAUUGAAGAAUGUGCUUUCAGAACAACCUAAAAAAAUAGAGGAGCCUCCAACAUAAGGAGAUAACGAUUCUGAAGGAUCUAGAAUAUACUCAGAAGAUUCAAGCGAAGAUUUUAGAGAAAAUACCGAUACCUUACAUCCCAAAAAGCAAGUAAAUACUUGGAUGUAAGGCAACUCAGAAUAAAUCUAAAUUGUGAAUACUUCAAAAUCCUAACCAGAACCUCAACGAGGAAACCAGAGUGGUUCUAGAAUUUUGAGAGAUAAACUAGAAAUAAAAUUAGGAUAACAUUUUGAAUAAUUAUAUAAACUAGCAAAACUGUGUUCUCAUUAAGAAGAUUUGGGAAAGUAGCAUAUAAAAAUGGCUAUUUUGGAUAAUCUUGAUUUGGAUGAAAAUAAGGCUGAAACAUGUGCUACAUUGCUAGUAACAUUAGCAACUAUUGGUUACUGA